UUCUCCAGCGGGUAAAUGGCACAGACGGGCCAAUAGAACUGUGUCUCUGGGAUGCCAGGCUUUUCACCGGGGAAGAAAACUAGGUCCUGAGCCUUUUGGACCUUCUGCCUAGCAGCCUGCCUCCGUCCCCCCUCUACAGAGCAGAGCUGUGAUGGGCGGGGCUUUUUUACUCUUUUCUGAAUAGGUUUCUUUUCUAUUUUGAGUCUAGGGAUAUGGAGGUGCACACUGGCCCCCCAGUCAAACUUGCUCAAAUUUUAAUCUUUAGAGAAUAUUAGGAGUUGAAUUUUGUUGUGAUCUUGAGUCACGAGCCUUAUGGAGAUAGCAUUACCCCCAGCCCUGUGUGUAUGGAACCCAGGGCCCUGUGGAUGCUGGGUGAGUGUCCUGCCGUGGAGAUGCACGCACCCCUGGCUGUGCAGACAAUUUGAGAGGACAGGUGCACAGGAAAAUGAGACUCCUCCUGUUCAGUGUCACUCCCUCAGAACCCCUGGGGAACCUACUCAGCAAAGCUGUGCCUGCGGCUGGCUCCUCCUAGGCCAGUAUUUUUCCACAUUUAAAAAUUCAUGACCCAUUAAAAACUAUAAAAAUCCCAUGCCCUUUGUGUUUUGUGAUGCAAAAACCCUAGGCUCCUUUUCAAAAUAUGAAAUAAUAAUAUCAUCUCUGCAGGUCUUUGUCCAAAGCCCCCCCCCCCCUGACGCACACACACCUCCAGUUGAGAAUUGCUGUCCAGGACCCUUAAAACCCAAUGUCAUGGCUUUAAAAAUGUGACAGAAACUUACAGGUAGCACCAGCUUCCAAGGCUCCUUCUGCCCUGCAGAUCCUGGUAAACGAGGUGGGCAGCGCACACGGGGGCCGCCAGGGAACGGGGAGGGACCUACUUGGCACAUAAUUAGUUCCCAUCCUCCCAGGGUCUCGUGUGCCAGAGGUGUGAACAGAAUGAACAAUUAAUAAAACUCGAACUCCAGGGAGCUGGGUUCUAGCUGGGAAAAUAGAAACAGGCUGUUUAACCAACAAACAGGCCCGCUCCACAGACACACUCGCACCCACACACCACCCUCCACAGCCUGUCUCGCCCUUCACACCAGACCUGUCAGAGCCACAGACUCCGAACUGGAGCUGGGCCAGCUGCAGGCAUCAGAAGAUGCAUGUCCUAGAAUGACUGAUACACACCCUGCCGUGGAGCCUGGCCGACCACUGCGGGGCCGACAGCGACUCACACCACACCCUCCUCCUUCCCCGGGUCCUGCACGGCCUCUUUAAGGGCCCCUCCACGUGAUAGCUCUGCUCAGUGCCUACAAAGGGUUCUGACUGGUGCUAUUCAGUGUCCCGUCCCCAGGGAAGGGAGGGGAGCCGAGACGGACAGGCAUCAGGCUUGUCCCGUCGUGGCCACCAAGCACAAGCCUUGGAUGGCAAAUAAUGAGGAGCCAGGAACUGUCCCUGCCUGGCUACGCUUGAAUGACUUAGCUUCUUUUACGCACCCCCCCCCUCAAUUCCCCACCCAGCUCCUUUCCUAUUAAAGCUGGUGCCCCUCCCUGCACCCCAUCAAUAGCCCUGUCUUUUCCCAGGCCCUCUGCCUUCUCCUGCCUGUCACAAGCGCUUGGUCCUGGGUCUGUUUGCUCCUUGUUCCUUGUGGCAUGUUUUGUCCCCCCGCGUGACUGAGCCCAAGUGCAGUCUCCAUCUUCCUUGUGACUGGGGCCCCAGCCAGCCGGCUGCACACACGGGUUGCCCAUGCAAUAAACAGAUUCGUCCGCAGACUCCCACCUCUCCCGCCGCACACCACAAGCCCUGCCUGUGUCUCCCACACCGCCAGGCCAACCCUGUAUUCUUGUCCCAGAAGGCUUUUCCUGGGCUCUGGGUGCUGCUCUUCAAGUCCCAGCAUCCUCCUGGCCCUCUUGACAGCUCCCUCGCUGUCCAUUAGCACCGCCCCCUCGGCCGCUCUGCCGCCUGCCGGGUCCUCUGCUGCAGGGCUGUCCAGCCAGCCAGAGGGAGGAAGCCCCCAGUCCCGUCCCAGAGAAUUCCGGGCUGAGGAAAGGUGGAGGGGAACGUGAGGCUCAGUGAAGGGAGUCUCCUGAAGGUUGGGCGAGGAAACCCUGGGAGGGUGUUGUUAGGAGAGUCUUGGGUUUAGCCCGAGGGCCUGACCUUUCCCCUUCGACCCCCGUCAGCCUAUGGGCUAGCAUCCAAGGGGGUCAAGACCAGAAGGAGACUCGACCAGAGCGGGACUCCUCAUCCAUCUGGUGGCCCCUGUUAGGUGAUGCGAAUUUUAACUACUGUUGUUUCAGGAAUCGAGGGUGUCACCAAGGGAGUAUGCUAAGGUUCCAGGAGGAGCCUAGCUAGUCCUGUGGCCUUUUAUUCCCUUGAGUGUUACUAGGCAGGACCCUUCUCCCCUGCUGCCCUUCAGUGGGUGCAUCACUUUUAAGGUGGAGCAAAAUAGCAAACUUGUCUGCCAGAAGAGCUGGGGUUAUCAUUGGGGCUCCCCGAUUCACUGCCCACCCUAGUCCAGAUUCCCGUAGUGCAUGCCCUCUGUGCCCCGUCCCUUGUUGGGCUGAGCUGGGCACUGCUGAGUGCUGUCCUUCGGGGAGGUGACGCUGACUGGAAGGGGACAGCCUCACCGUCCGGUCCUGUCUCCCCCUCUGGUGUCGGUUGACUUGUCUCUGCCUCUCCUCCUUCUGGCCGCAUGAGGACCCUCUCCUCUGGACAGGAGCUCUCUUCUGGGUUCCAGCCCGCUGUGCCUGCUCACGGCCGUCAACUAGGUGACUGUUCACUGGGUAGAUGAGGCCGGGGCCAGUUCCACGCACUGCCUCUCCCCGCAGGCCGAGCACGCCGGAGUCCGCACCUACUUCUUCAGUGCCGAGAGCCCUGAGGAGCAGGAGGCCUGGAUCCAGGCCAUGGGCGAGGCUGCUCGGGUACAGAUCCCUCCAGCUCAGAAGUCAGUGCCUCAACCUGUGCGCCACAGCCACGAGAAGCCAGACUCGGAGAACAUCCCCCCCAGCAAGCUCCAUCAGCAGCCACCUCACCACAGUCUCGCCAAGCCGGAGCCUGAGGCCAAGACUCGGGGCGAGGGGGACGGCAGAGGCUGUGAGAAGGCCGAGCGGAGGCCGGAGAGGCCCGACGUCAAGAAAGAGCCUCUAGUGAAAGCCAAUGGCCUCCCACCUGGACCUGAACCAGCCUCAGAGCCUGGCAGUCCUUACCCCGAUGGCCCGAGGGUCCCAGGAGGUGGGGAACAGCCUGCCCAACCCAAUGGCUGGCAGUAUGGCUCCCCAAGCCGACCAGGAAGCACAGCUUUCCCACCUCAUGAUGGGGACGCUGGGGGACACCGGCGGAGCUUUCCACCACGUACUGACCCCGACAAAAUUGCCCAACGCAAAAGCUCCAUGAAUCAGCUCCAGCAGUGGGUGAACCUGCGCCGGGGGGUGCCCCCACCCGAAGACCUUCGGAGUCCUUCAAGGUUCUACCCUGUGUCCCGCCGGGUCCCUGAUUAUUACAGCCCCUACUCGUCCCAGUACCCUGAGGAUUACCAGUACUAUCCUCCAGGAGUGCGGCCAGACAGCAUCUGUUCCAUGCCAGCCUACGAUAGGAUUAGUCCACCCUGGGCCCUGGAGGACAAGCGGCACUCCUUCCAGAAUGGGGGUGGACCCACUUACCAGCUUCGUGAAUGGAAGGAGCCCUCCAGCUAUGGGCGGCAGGAUGGCACUGUUUGGAUCCCCAGCCCCUCCCGACAGCCAGUCUAUUACGAUGAGCUGGAUGCUGCCUCUGGCUCCCUGCGACGCCUGUCCUUGCAACCGCGGUCCCACUCUGUGCCCCGCUCGCCCAGCCAGGGUUCCUACAGCCGUGCCCGAAUCUACUCCCCCGUGCGCUCACCUAGUGCCCGUUUUGAUCGGCUGCCACCCCGCAGCGAGGACAUCUACGCAGACCCUGCUGCCUAUGUGAUGAGGCGAUCCAUCAGCUCCCCAAAGUAUGAUUACCUGGGAGACAGGCGGCCAGUCCCUGCAGGACUGUUCCCCUACAACUACCCACCAUCCCCCACGGUCCACGAUAAGAUGGAUGAACUGUUAGAUCUUCAGUUGCAAAGAAACCUAGAGUAUUUGGACCAGCAGAUGAGUGAGAGCGAGACUCUCAUCAGCAUGGUGAACCGUAUGGUGGGGAGUUCCUCCCCCAGGGCGCAGCUCUUCAUGCAAGUCCCUGCAUACCCAGAGGUGUUCCGGGACGGCCUCCACACCUUCAAGUUAAACGAGCAAGACACGGAUAAGCUGCUGGGCAAGCUGUGUGAGCAGAACAAGGUGGUGAGGGAGCAGGACCGGCUGGUGCAGCAGUUGCGUGCAGAGAAGGAGAGCCUGGAGAGUGCCUUGAUGGGGACCCACCAGGAGCUGGAGAUGUUCGGGAGCCAGCCUGCCUACCCAGAGAAGCUGCUGCACAAAAAGGAGUCUCUACAGAACCAGCUCAUCAACAUCCGGGUGGAGCUGUCACAGGCGACCACGGCUCUGACCAACAGCACAGUGGUGUAUGAGAACCUCGAGUCUGAGGUCUCUGCCCUACAUGAAGACCUCUGGGAACAGCUCAACUUGGACAUCCAGAAUGAGGUGCUCAGUCGGCAAAUUCAGAAGGAGAUCUGGAGGAUCCAAGACGUGAUGGAAGGGCUGAGGAAGAACAACCCGUCUCGGGGCACGGACACGGCCAAGCACAGAGGAGGACUCGGCCCCUCAACUACCUAUAGCUCCAACAGCCCAGCCAGCCCUCUCAGCUCUGCCAGCCUUACCAGUCCCCUGAGCCCCUUUUCAAUGGUGUCUGGUUCUCAGGGAUCUCCAACCAAGCCAGGGUCUAGCGAGGAACCUGGCCCACCUCGGCCGCCCCUCCCCAAAGCCUACGUCCCCUUGGACUCUCCCCCCACGGUCCCUCCACUCCCUAGUGAGAGCCGCUUCUGGCCAUACCCCAACUCCCCUUCCUGGCAUCACAGUGGCGAGACAGCCAGGGGUCAGCCCAAAACAGGCUAUGAGCCAAACAAGAAAGACCCCGACCAGACAUCACCCCUGGAUCCUCCCAGAGACAUCAGCCUUGUGCCCACCAGACAAGAGGUGGAGGCAGAGAAACAGGCAGCUCUCAACAAAGUUGGCAUCGUGCCCCCUCGGACAAAAUCUCCUGCUGAGGAAGAGAUGACUCCAUCAGCAUUAAUGAGAAGGACUACCAAUGGCCUCACCAAUGGCCUCUCCUCACGGCAAGAGCGCCCCAAGAGUGCUGUGUUCUCCGGAGAGGGCAAGGUGAAGAUGAGCGUGGAGGAGCAGAUCGACCGGAUGAGGCGGCAUCAGAGUGGCUCCAUGAAGGAAAAGCGGAGGAGCCUGCAGCUCCCAGCCAGCCCAGCUCCGGAACCUAGCGCCCGGCCUGCCUACAAAGUGGUGCGCCGUCACCGCAGCAUCCACGAAGUGGACAUCUCCAACCUGGAGGCAGCCCUGAGGGCCGAGGAACCUGGCGGCCAGGCCUACGAGACACCACGGGAGGAAAUUGCCCGGCUUCGCAAAAUGGAGCUGGAGCCCCAGCACUAUCACGUGGACAUCAGUAAGGAGCUCUCCACUCCAGACAAAGUCCUCAUUCCUGAACGGUACAUUGACCUGGAACCAGACACCCCCUUGAGCCCCGAGGAGUUGAAGGAGAAGCAGAGGAAAGUGGAGAGGAUCAAGACGCUCAUUGCCAAGUCCAGUAUGCAGAACGUGGUGCCCAUCGGCGAGGGGGACUCUGUGGACGUGCCCCAGGACUCAGAGAGCCAGCUGCAGGAGCAGGAGAAGCGGAUUGAAAUCUCCUGUGCCCUGGCGACCGAGGCCUCCCGCAGGGGCCGCAUGCUGUCUGUGCAAUGUGCCACCCCAAGCCCUCCCACCUCCCCUGCUUCCCCGACUCCACCAGUCAACCCCCUACCGUCUGAACGCCCCGUGGGCGCCGACAGCAGCCAUACCAUGCGGGUCUGAGCUCUGACUGCAAGCCCUGGCCGAGGCCAACGCUGUGAAGCUCCACAGAGCCACCUUCUGAUAGCACAUCCGGGACGCCGGCUCCUCAUCCUGGCUUCCUGCCCUUGCACCCACCGCGAGAAUGCCCCAGGGAGCCAGGCUGGGGGCCAGGCCUGCUUCAGAAAGGAGCAUGGAUGCCUUGAAAGCCACAUCUGCUGCCCGUGUCCUGAAGCCUGUACUGUCGUGCCAUAGUUCGAAGGCAAGACCUGGGAUGGCAAGGCCAAGGGUCAUCCUCUCUGAUGCCCCGGUCACAGGGAGUUCAAGUGCGGUUCCGGAUGGCACUGUGUGGCCCUCUUGCACCCUAACCUGAUGGAGAGCGUGUCCUGGUGGGAGCAGGCCCUCGGCUACGGGUGAGGACAGGAAGUGAAGACAGACUGUCUACCCCUUGGAACCCACACAACACAGUGAGAGAGAGGCCAGCUCUUGCCAUCCUCUUCCUCCCCUUCCGUCCCAGCUGCCUCAGCGAUGCCCAGGGCUUUGACACGGCGAUGCUGAUGGGUUUCCCUGGAGACCAGCUGCCCUGCUUGAGCCAAAGAGAAGAUGAUGAGUGCCAGGGGGGGUGGCCCCUGGGUUCCUGGAGGGGUCAGGUGUGGGUGGUGUGGAUAGAGGACAGCAGGUCUGCGCAGUGUCGGAGGGCAAGUUGGAAGUGGGAGCGGACGGAAGAGGAGAGAGGCUUGGAGACUGAAGGGAGGGGAAAGUCGGACGCUUUCCGCAAGCAGUGGGGAUGUAAGGAAGGAGGGGGAAUGGGAAGGGAGAGUAGGAAUGUCUUCCCUAGAGUGGAGCCUUAGGUUAGUGCCAAGCAGAGGGCCUGACUGUCACCUAAGUAUGUUCACGUCUUCCUCAGGAGUGGGUGGCCCAGGAGGACUCGCCGGGCACACGUCAGCCCCAGCUGAGGUGCUUGGUGGGAAGGUGUGGAGGAGGCGGGUGUUAGGGUGAGAUAGCCUGGGAGAUGGUCCAUCUGUGUCGAGGCCUGCUGUUCGUCUCUCCCCGAGGGUCAUGGGCAGAGAGGACUGUCUUACUGUCUGUCUAUCUGUCGUCUGUCUGUCAGUCAGCCUUGGGGCCUUACCUCGCCAGUAUCUUGACCCACUCAAACCUGGAGAGUGCUGUGGGCCUGCCCAGGGUUAGCCCUAGGAGGAGGGAAUGGGGAUUUAAAUGUGAGGCCAGGCUCUGGGUCCUUAACUCAUCUCAGGUGUCCAGAGCAGGACCAGAGGCCGGGCUUUCUUAUAACCCACCCACCCAGGGAGGACAGGACAGGGCGAGACGGGAACGGAGUAGAGUCUUUCUCUAUUCCACCUACCUUGAGUGAACGCAGCCAGAGAGCAGUGAAGGAAGGCCGGAUGCAGACACCAGUCUCCAGGCCCGCCCUGCUGCACUGGCUGCCCAGAGACUUCAGCCUGAGCAUCAGUGGUCCCAAGAUACAACUGCAUCAUCUCCCGUCGAUCCAUCGCUGCUCCUUCGUGGUUGGGACAGUUACUAGUUUAUGUGCAAGUAAAGAUGACGGCUCAUUCCACAGAUACUCGUCAAGCACUUUUUGUGUGCCAGGUACUGAUGUUCCAGGUGCUUAGGAGAUUGUCUUGCUUCUGAGGGACUCUGGAUCACAGGAGUCUACCCAUAUGCACCCUGUCAGGCCUGGAAAGUGCUCCUCGGUGACAUUCCCUAUCCACACAGUCCAAGCACCCCAAACCUGCCCUUUCUUCCUUAAAGACUGGUAGGUGGGAGCAGCUCCCAGGUUAGCUCUCUCCCCAUACCCUCUUCCACAAGAAACAGAGUUUUUAGGGCUUUCCUGUCUUCGUCUCUCCUUUUUUUAAAAAGUGGUAUUUUUAGAAAUACACAUAAAAUACCAAGAAACGUCUGGGCCUCUUCCACCGCUCAUCCCGUGUUUCAUAAAGCUGGCUCUUUAUGUUGCUUUACAUGCCUUAAUAUAUGUUUUAUGGAAGUGAUCAUGUCAUAGAUACCCAUGUAAUAUAUAUAUACAUCUAUAUCUAUUUGUCUGGAUGUCAAUCCUUUCUCAACUCCUGCCCAGACCUGUUUUCUGUCCACGCCAUUCUUAGCACAUUGAAACCACGCCCCCUGCCUUUUGAUCCAAAGAAGGAGAGAGGAAAGAUUUAUUUUAAGGCAGACCUAUUUUGUGCUUUUGUUUAAGAGCAGAUCUAUUUUCAAAACGUGCAAUGUCUGAAAAGGAUUGGUGACGUGCGAGGAGACCGAGGUGGCUGUCCCUGGUCUGGGUCUCUGCCCUCCCCUCUGCCCUCCCCUCUGCUUUCUUCCCCUUACCCAGUCAUUGUAAAGGGCUGGUCCCCAGGCUCCUCCCAGCUGCCUUUGAAAGUCCUGGUCUAAGAACUUGAUUUCACUGUCAGCUUUGGAAGGCAGCCCAAGGGUUGCCAGGCAUGUGGGUCUCCUGAAGGAAAUGUUUAUGACUGCAGACAUGCAGUCCUCACACAGGCCCCUGGACAGCCUCCCCUCAGCCCUCUGUGAGAAAAGGCCAGCAGGUUGCUGGCAGCAGACGCUGGCUAGCCGGUUUGAAGGAUGUCAGUCACAAGGUGAAGCCCAGAGAUCCUUGGUGAAGCUUGGGAUCCUCUGUGUUCUUUGGUGAAUACUAUGAGUUCCCAGGCCUCUCCUACACUUUCUCCGGAGCCCACUCUGGGUCACGCUGGUUUCCCCCUAGGACUUUCCUUUCUGGGAGUCAUUCCGUCACAUUGGUCUAACAUCCAGCCUCAUUCUUGGCUGGGGAGGGCUCCACAGCCAAUGUCACAUCUCAGUCUUUCCCAAGAAGAAAGGCUCUGUGCUUUGACAGGCUGUGGGCUUGAGUUCUGGCCUGUGCUAGCUCAGUCUUCCAAACUUGCUUCCUGACAGGUGAAGUGAGCAAGGAGGUUCUAGCCUUGCAAGGGUUUGGGCAGGGUGGAGACCUCACCCCAGAUCUGAAAUGACGUGUUCGGGAAUUUUACAACACUCUGGCCAGCCUUUGAUUCCUGAUCUCCAACUCUGGCAUUUUUGGCCCUCUUCCCAGCCUUGAGUCUCUUGCUAUGAAUGAACAGGGCCCAGACAUAAGCCUAGGGCUAGGCACCCCUUCUAGGGAAAGUCCUGGCUACCCACAUAGGGCCUUCCCAAUUCACGCGUUACCUCCACCACCAAAAACCAAGAGGCUGCGAUCAAAUACUGCUACUGUCACUUUAAAGACUUCUGAGGGAGCAAGCUUGCAAGCAGCAGGUCUGCUCUCCUGCCUUUAUGGAAGGCAUGUUCUUGGAGGCAGGGCUACGACUGCAAGAUGGAAUCCUUUCCUUCCCCAUUAGGCACCCUCCUCCUGGCAGCUCUUAAAACUAAGAAAAAAAUACUAUAUAUAAAUAUAUAUAUAUAUACAUAUCUAUUUAUGCACAUAUUUGGGGCCAAUUUGAUUUGCUAGUGUUAGACAAUAAACCAUACAAGGAAAUUUAUGAUCUCAGUGUCUUUAUUUAGUAUGAAAGUGACCUUAGACAAAGUUAAGGUUAGAUGAACAGCGUCUCUGUUGGGACCACAUGGCCAUAGCAUCCCCUGAGCAUUCGUCUAGCCGAUCAUCGUCCCCUGGAGAAGGGGCGCCUGGCUGAGGUAGGUGAGAGCUUGCUCCCUCCUUUCGGUGGCAAUCUUACUAGAUUAGGUACUAAAGAACCCCAACGAGCUGUGCAUUUGUAUCUUGCAAGUUUGUAUAAACCAACACCGGGAAUAAAACGACUGGUUUGUA